AUGGUGCGCGAGCAGCUCAUCGUCAGUGCUGUCUCGUUCUUGCAGGAUCCCUCUGUUGCUUCAGCUCCUGUCGACCAACGCAUCGCUUUCCUCCGCUCCAAGAACCUGACCCAAGAAGAGAUCGACCUUGCUCUACAACGCGCCGGCUCAGAACCACCUACUUCCUCGCCUCCACAAGCACAAGUACAACAAUAUCAAUCCCAACCACCUCAACAAUACAACCAGAAUGCCUACUGGCAACAACCACCGCCACCGCCUCCCGAGUUGCCACGACGUGACUGGCGUGAUUGGUUCAUCAUGGCAACUGUAGUUGGAGGUCUAGGUUUCGGCGCCUAUACCGUCGCAAAGCGUUACAUUUAUCCUUUGAUCGCUCCGCCUACACCGCCUCAGCUGGAGCAAGACAAGGCUGCUGUCGAUGCCUCCUUUGAGAAAGCCUUUGCCCUCCUGGAUCAACUCGCAACAGAUACACAAGACCUCAAGUCAUCUGAGCAAGCUCGCACAGAGAAGCUUGAUACCGCUCUUUCCGAGGUCGAGUCAGUCAUCGGCCAGCUGAAGGAUGCCAGCAGGAGACGAGAUGAUGAAGGAAGGAGGUUGAAUGAUGAAAUUCGUGGUCUCAAGGACAUGAUACCUGCUGCCAUGGAGGCACAGAAGAAGUCGGCCGACCAGCGCUUGGCCGACCUGGCUACCGAGAUGAAGAGUCUGAAGACAUUGAUCAACAACCGCAUGUCCGCGCCAGCGCCAACAAGUCGUCCCAAUCCCUCUGCUCCUACCUUCAACCCUUCUACUGGAAGUGGUGCUGCAGUUGCAAGUGCAGUGCCAGCCCCGGAGCCUUCCUCGACUGAAUCCGUCUCAACACCAGUGACAGAGCCCAAGUCCUCGAUUCCGGAUCGUUCUUCUACAUCCAGUCCCUACGGACGCUCCAUGAACGGACGAGCUGCCAUACCUGCGUGGCAACUGGCGGCCAACAAGAAGAACCAGGAGGCCAAGGAGAAGAGCGGUACUGUCGAGACCCCCGCUGAGAAUGCCACUGCUUAG